GUAGCAAUUUAAACCACCCCUGAAAAUGGGUUUGCGGUCUGGAUGUAUCUCGACGAGGUGCUUGGUGGGUCGUGAGUGAGUAGUUAGGGUAGGAGCAGGGAUAGAGAUCCAACUUGCUGAUCUAAGUGAGAGGUUGUGAAUUAUAGUGCCGCGGAAGAAAGAUCAUGACGUGGGUUUUUUCGAGGUGAUGGUGGGAAUUUUAAGGAUGAGGUGAUAUUGACAUGGGUGAUUUGAGGUGAUUGUGGAGGAUUCUGUAUGGAGGGAGUUGUUUAGGUUUUUAGGGGAUCGGGAGGUUUAGGAAGAUGGUGAGUAGUGAAACGAAGAUCAGUGGGUUUAGGAUGGGGCUAUCACGGUGGCGUGGGGGUGGCAUUAUUCUGCUCGCAGUGGCGUUGAUUGUUGUGUUGUCGCUCCCUGCUCUUUGCACCGCAGCAGCUAAUUCUCCUAAGAAAGAUGGCUCAACCAUCUUGUUGUUUUUGGGUUCAGACUCGGAUGAUAAUAGAGACGAUGGUAGUCUUCCAGAUGGCGAGGAUGGGCCAUCUGAUAGCUUGCAGGGGAAGGCUGAGGAUGCCCCUCCCGAAUGGGAUGAGUUUAGUGACUCUCAAGAUUCGCCACGGACUGACGAGGACUUGGAUUCGGGAUCGUGGAGCCAGGUCCUUGAGGAGCCAUCUAUUUGGGAUUCACGUAAUACAAAGUUUGCUUUGGGGAUUCGGAAGAUGGUUGAGGCGGUGGAUGAGGAAGACCCCCGCAUGCUGAACAAUGCAAUUGAAAUUUUGCGGUCAGAGGCAGUUGAUGGAAAUGCUCAUGCUCAGUCAACUCUUGGUUUUUUGCACUGGAUGGCAAUCGGUGUACCUUAUAGUGACGCGAAGGCUUAUCUCUACCAUGAGUUCGCUAAAGAAGGCGGAAAUCCUCAGUCUAAAAUGGCACUGGCGUAUCGCCACUAUCGCAACCAGGAAUAUGAAAAAGCUGUGAAGCUUUAUUCUGAGCUCGCUGUCAUUACCAUGACAAGUUUUGUAAGUUCCCGAGAGGGUCCUCUUUUAGAGUACGUGCGGUUGAAUUAUGGAUUAGAGGAGAGCAAGGAUGUGCGGAAAAGGUUCAGAGGGGAAGACGACGAUGACUUCCAGUUUUUGGAGUAUCAGGCUCGCAAGGGACAUCCAGAUUUUAUGUUUCAGCUUGGGGUAUUUUACUACUAUGGCUUGCGAGGGGUUCGACGUGAUCACAGUAAAGCACUCUUCUGGUUGCUGAAGGCAGUGGAGAAGGGCGAGUCUCGCGCUUUCGAAUUGAUUGGGGAGAUUUAUGCUCGGGGAUAUGGUGUAGAGAGGAAUUAUACGAAAGCCCUGGAGUGCUUUAAGGCUGCUGCUGACCGGAAGCAACACUCUGCCCUCAAUGGAAUAGGUUUUCUUUAUAUUAAAGGGCAAGGUGUGGAAGGCAAGAACUAUACGAAGGCAAGGGAGUAUUUCCAACGCGCUGCAGAAUCUAGCAAUGUGGAUGGAUUCUACAAUCUUGGCAUCCUCUACUUGAAGGGUCUGGGAGUUGAGAAGGAUUAUGCACGUGCUAGGGAUCUCUUGGUGGACGCUGCCAAUAAAGGGCAUUCUAAAGCUCGGUACUAUCUUGCAAUUAUGUUGCACAAGGGCUCGGCGGGCAUGAAGAAAGAUCUUACGCACGCUGCUGCAUUAUAUAAGCUCGUAGCAGAGAGGGGGCCUUGGGGAAGAUUGAUGCGUCAAGCCUUGGAGUUUUACAUUAAAGGCAAUGUUGGCAAAGCACUGUUACUUUACUCUCGUACUGCAGAGCUUGGCUAUGAAGUGGGUCAAAGCAAUGCAGCUUGGCUGCUUGAGAAGUACCGGGGUAGGAUCUGUAUUGGAAGUUCUGGCAUUUGCACAACAGAAGAACGUCACGAGCGAGCUCACAAUCUGUGGCGACAUUCUUCCGAGCAGGGCAACGAGCAUGCGUCGUUGCUAUUAGGAGACGCUUACUAUUAUGGCCGAGGAGCAGCGAAAGAUCUGGAGAGAGCAGGAGAGGCUUACAUUAGAGCAAAGGAGAAGCAUAGUUCACAAGCAAUGUUCAAUCUGGGCUACAUGCACGAACGAGGCUUGGGUUUACCAUUGGAUCUCCAUCUUGCGAAGCGGUACUAUGAUGAAGCACUUGAGGAGGAGCCAGCAGCAUUUGUGCCUGUCACUCUUGCUCUCACCAGCCUCUGGUUACGCCAGCAUUACAGCGGGAGCUUUCUGGUGAAAGUCAUCGAUUCCUUGCCAGACUUGCAAACGAACCUUGAGGAGUGGUGGAACAAAAUGACCGUGGAUGAACUUGAUGCACUGUUAGUCACUUUACUCAUGAGCUUACUAUUUGUUGUGUACGUCAGACAAAGACAUCGGCAGGAGUAUGCAGCAGCAGCUGCUGCUGCUGCUGCCCCAAUUCCCAUGGUGCCCCCGCAGUGAUCCCUCUUCCUAGCUCUACCUGGCUUUUGUAGUAGUUCGCUUGGUUGCUGAAUCAUCAACUAACUUCAAGUUUCGGUUGGUGGUUCUCACGUAUUUGAGGAUUAGAACCGGGUGCACCAUGUGGUGAGAGCACUUGCUUUUCCUGUUGCCCUCCUUGCAUGGGUGCGCCCUUGAGCUCCGCUUCAAACACUGAAGUGUCAUGUACAGUUUAUACGCUUCUCGACUGAGAAUCGUGCCUCGACAGGCCAUCAUCUGUAGAGUAAUGCUUUCAUUUAGAAAUCCUCGAGCUGAACUUAAGGUUCGGAGAUGAUUGUCGCUGGUCUGACGAGAAGCUAUCAUUCAUGAAGAGCACAAAGAUUAACAUUGUUUUUUUAUAGAAUUAUUCCCCCUUGUAUAGUGGCCAUCUUAAGUUCGGUAUGAACUGUUGAGAACAAAACCCCAAGUACGCAACCACUUAGAAGAUGCUUAUAAACAAAUCAUUGCAUUGGGAAAAAUGACACAGUAGAUCCAACCGAAUAAUGAACUGUUAUGAAUUGUUACCGCA